AUGUCGGCAGCCAUCACUUAUGAAGGACUGCCUGGCGGCCAAUUAUUCAAGGGCAUAAAGUUUUGGGUCGCACAGCGGGUUGCCUGUCGAAAGUCCUUGCUGGAUUCUAUCUCGAACAAUCGCCACACUUAUCAAUCGUGGAGAGAUCGCUGGGUCAAGAAGCUCUCGUUUUUGUCCCAGGAGGAACUGCAAAAGAGGAUCAUUAGCAGCACCCCGGCUCAGCUGCCGGAACAACGUGAUGCACCAGCGCAGCAUCAACCAAGUGAAAGUCCGAUAAAACAACCAAAAUUGCAGAAUCUUGAGAGCACUGCGCAGCUCAAAGAACUCGCGUCAUACUGGCCUCAAGGCCAGUGGUGGCACUCGGAUUACCCGCUCGAAGAGCCUGUUCAGCAGCGCACGAUCGAUUCCAUGCUGCGGGUUACCAAAUACGUCUUGGAGGCCGAUGAUCGACUGGACGACCUCUGGAAAGAGGACGGCAUCUUGUCACGCCUAGCGCGCACCAAAGGCGCCGGCUUGCUGACUCGUACUGUCGCCGAUGCAGCGCGCCAGGAGAUCAAGUCUCAUUACCGAAAUCAGCUGGAGCGUGCAGAUAGUUCUCCUGCUGAGCCUUGUGAACUUCCAGAGUCACAGGCCGACGCGCAGAUGGCGAGCCCUCUAGUAUCCCGUCUACGUGAUCAGUCCCCUCGCAACAGUCUGCCUAAGUUGUCCAAGAAUGAGGCACCGCAGUCAUCGCAGAGAUCCCGAUUUACGCCGGAACAUGAUAUUUUGAUAGCUAAGAGUGUCAAACGUGCAGCGAGGCAAGGCAUACAGGCCGGCCCAAAAUGGUUUCAAGAGUUUGCUGUAGAGAACCCAGAACAUACCUGGCAAUCAUGGCGGAAUCACUGGCUGAAAGUCCUGAGGCCUCGUAUCGAGGCUGCAGAGGGCAAGGGACAGAAAUACGACUUCUACCACGCGUAUUCGAAACCACCAUUUCGAAACCAAAGUACCUCCCCACAAGAAAACGCCCCCCCAAACGACAAACGUCGUGGUGUGCGACGAACAACCACGAGCCCCGAGAGGGUGGAGGAUGUCAUUGAAGUUAAGGAUGUGCAGACCGAGCCUCCUUCCCCAGAGCUCGAUGACGAGAGAAACGAAUUUCUUGCCAACAUAGCCGCAUAUUCUGAGGUCAUGGAACUCGCCAUCGACUUACAGCCCAAGAUAUGUAGACAAUGGUGA